ACGUUCCCCAAUGCGGUCACAUCCCCCCAUGUUGUUUUUGAUAGUUGUUAAAUAAUAAUAAUUUUGUUUUACGCACUUUAUAGAGAUGUCCAAGCAACCCUCGUUCGUGUCGCGCAACCUUGUGGCCAUCGUGAUGAUCCCCAGUCUGGUGGGGAUCCAUCUGGGCUGGAGCUACAUGCAGAGCAACAGGAAACUGGUCACGGAGGCGGAACAGAUCGACAUGCCGCCGGUUACGUUUGCCAGGUUCGUGUGGAACAAGCUGUCGGGCGGCGGAAAUUCGGCAGAGUGACGACCCUUCUUGUGAUGAGCUUAAGACAUACAAUCUAUUUAUUGUAUAGAAUAAUUAAAACUACAUACAAACGGUA